AUGACCGAUGUCAUUGUGGGCGACCAGUAUCAUAUUCUCUGUCAUAUCGGUAAGGGGGGCUUUGGAGCGGUCUACACAGGCGUCAACCUUCUUACAGAUGAACUCGUUGCUGUCAAGUUCAAUACGAGUUGUGACGAACUUAGAACGUUCGCAGUCGAGGAGAGACAUAUGAAAACGUUAGCCAAGGUGACUGGAAUACCCAAAUGUCAUUGGUUCGGAUGGCAUGAAGACGCGCAGAUAUUGGUAAUGGACCUUUUGGGUCCUAGUAUGAAGGACUACCUACGUUUGUGUGGUGGAAGAUUCACUGUCAAGACAUGCUACCUUAUAGCAGGCCAGCUUAUUCGCCGCCUUCGAGAUAUCCACAAGCGAGGUAUCAUCCACUUUGAUCUACAACCUGGUAAUAUUUGCACCGGAAACGCACUCGGCUCUCAUGUUCUUUGCUUACUUGACUUUGGCCUCGCCAAAACGAUCUCGCUCGACGACGGACUCGGUCACGACACAGAGAACUUCAACCGUCCCACGGCAUCAUUUGGCAGCCGCAACCUUGCGCUGGGUUACCCUCCGGGCCGGGUUGACGAUUUGCAGAGUCUGGCAUAUAUGCUUGUCUUUUUCGCAAAUGGCUCUCUGCCCUGGUCAGGCAUGAAGAAUUAUGAAGCCGCGCUUCAGAGCAAGUUGAGGUAUACGGUGGAUGAGAUUUGCAGCACGUUACCCCGUGCUUUUGGUGAUUUCAUGCAGUAUACAUGGGAUCUUGAGCCAAAUGCAACACCCAACUAUACGAAGCUGUUGAAGCUGUUCGAGAUCAACAUCGCUGAGCCAGGCUGGGACUAUGUUCUAGACUGGACCGAAAUCUCGUUCCGCAACUACCAAAUGACCCUAGCGCUACAGCUACAGAACGAGACCGACCGCUCCAAGUCCGAGGGUUAA